UGGGCAUUGGUUGAAUUUCUUAGUUUCAAAGGAGGAAGCCUUUGGGAAAAUUUUGUGAGAAAAUGGCAACUUUAAAUGAAAAAAAGACCUGCAGCGAACGGAUGGAAAAUUUCCGUCGUUUUGUCUGGAAUCCAGAAACAAAGCUCUUCAUGGGAAGGACCUUAAUUAACUGGGUGUGGAUCAGCCUGUACUACCUGGCUUUCUAUGUGGUGAUGUCAGGGCUCUUCGCACUCUCCAUCUAUUCUUUAAUGAGGACAGUGAAUCCAUACGAGCCGGAUUACCAAGACCAGCUGAAAUCCCCAGGUGUUACGUUACGACCCGAUGUUUAUGGGGAUAGAGGACUGCAAAUUUAUUACAACGUAUCUGACAACAAAACCUGGGAAGGUUUAGUGACAACUCUUCAGACUUUUCUAACAGCAUACACGCCAGCUGCUCAGCACCUGAACAUCAACUGCACCAGUGACACCUACUUCUUCCAAGACACCUUCGAUGGCCCAAAUAAAACAAAACUAUCCUGCAAAUUUACGUCAGAUAUGCUUCAAAACUGCUCUGGCAUCAUGGAUCCGACUUUUGGAUUUCCAGAAGGAAAACCCUGUUUUAUUAUAAAAAUGAACAGGAUUAUCAACUUUCUCCCUGGCAAUGGCACUGCACCAAGGGUGAACUGCACAUAUGUGGGCGAUGAGUCUCACCUGCUGGAAGCGGAUUACUACCCUGUGAAUGGCACCUUCAACUUGCACUACUUCCCCUACUAUGGAAAAAAAGCACAGCCCAGCUACAGCAAUCCUUUGGUAGCUGUGAAAUUUCUCAACAUUACGAGGAAUGUAGAACACAGAAUAGUGUGCAAAGUCAUUGGAGCUGGAAUUACCUUUGAUAAUGUUCAUGAUCCAUAUGAAGGAAAAGUGGAAUUUAAAUUGAAAAUUGAAGACUGAGCAGCAACAGAGGCACUUCUGAAAAACACAUGUGAAGAGUAAACUCACCUAUUAUCACAUUCAUCCCUAUUUAUUUUCUCACUAUGAUUGCCAUAUAAAUUUAGGCAAACAGCAGUGCAAAGAGACAUUUUCUACUGAAAGAUGAGCCAUAUAGCUAAAAAUCAAGAUACCACUCUCAGUCAAUGAAGGAGAUGAGGUUUAACUCAAUGUACAUAGUUUAAUAUUCCAUGGCUAUUGUAUGCUAUUGCUUUCAUGCAGGUAUUUGUAUAAAACAAAUUUCCCCUAAACUGAGCAGCUGUGUAUUCAUAUAAAAUAAGGAUAGGAUCAAAACAUUUUCUGUCACUUUUCAAACCAUAAUAAAUAAUUUAUGUAUAAUACUGAAUGGUGGGUAUUGAGAAAUAAUUUGAUAGAAAAAUUAAUUGAUGCUUUGAGAUACUAGCAAGUACUAUAAUUCAGUCUCUCUUGUAUAGGAUGCAUAAAAGUACAUUAAAGUUAUCUGUAUCCCAAUGCACUGGUUUUUUUACUAGACAGCCAAGUUGGAUUUUUGUAGUUGACCAAUCAAUGGGUGCAAAAGAACUUGAAAUCUGUCCUCUAGCCUACAGAUUUUUAUUGUACCACUUACAAUUUCUGUUUGUAUAUAACUUAAUAAAAAUGACUGAUAAGACUGUAACAUCCACUUACA